AUGCUCUCCUUGCAGGAAGCACGGACACCUUUCCAGUCCCGCGCCACCUUUCUCAACUUCGUUCGAUCGCCAGAGGCUCCUCAAGGUCACGACACUGUUGGAGAGCGAGGCUCACGAUGGACAAAUCGCGACCUUGAGCCAAAGCGACCGGAAGAACGAACAUGGACUUGGUAUAAUUUGCCCCUCUACUGGCUUUCUACAGCAUUUGGCAUCACAGGAUGGAAUGUCGCUGCAUCGCUGAUUGCGAUUGGCCUGGUACAUAUGUCUCCGAUCUCGUAUUCGAUUCCGUUACUAACAUGGGCACAUUGGAAAGACAUGGCAACAGGCGUUCAUCUCGUGCGUCCUGGGGUCGUUUAUCAGUGCCGUCGUGGUCGUAGGAAUGGCGCGUGCCGGGGCUCGAUAUCACAUUGGCUACCCUGUCUUGGUUCGCUCAUCUAUGGGCAUGUAUGGGUCUUUCUUUUCAUUUUUAUUCGUGCCAUCAUUGGCACCAUUGCCUUCGAUAUCCAGACCUUUUACGGUGCCAACCUACUGUCGACGUGUCUACGCUGCAUAUUCGGCUCUCACUGGGAGAAUCUGGCUAAUACGCUGCCGGAAUCGGCGCAUGUAUCGUCCAAAACGCUACUGUGCUUCUUUCUGGGGAUACACCUUUUACCUGGGAAUACAUGGCUAAGGGCCAGAGAGAUGGAUUCUUUGAUGAUGAAGUUUCGGGCGACUCAGUUACUGACGGCAUCGAGGCAACUCAGCAGAUUCAGAUUGUGCAAGAGUCAGCUGACAAGAAGGUUUAAAUUGCCAUUAAAUGUAUCGUGGUUAUACAAAUAG